AUGCAAUACUUUAUUGAGCUUGAAUUGGGAUCAUAAAGAUAGAAGAUGUCAUUUCUCAUCGAUACAGGCUCUUCAUAUGGAAUGGGUUCGGUUGAAGGUUUAUAUGCAUAAGAUAAUUUCUACUUCCCAGGUUCAGAAAAUAAAUCUCAGACAAUAAAUGACUUUCAUUUUUUAGCAGUAGAAGAAGCAAAAAAAUUAGGAUUUGGGGGAUAUGAUGAAAAUCUGACUCAGAAUUCUUCAUAUAAAUUUGUUUGGCUUUAUCUCAGAAGUGCGAAAACCAUUUGGUGGGAAAUUGAAAUGUCUAAAGCAAAAUAUGGGGCUUAUGAUAUUGAUCUGACAGUUAAAUUUGCCACACUUGACACUGGAUCUUCUAUUAUAUACAUGCCCUAAGUUGAUUUUAGACAAAUCUAUGCUAAAAUUAAUUAGAAAAAUAUCAACAAAUGCCAAGAGUCUGGUGGACUAAUUUACUGUUAUAAAUGCCCAGAAACAGACGGGUAGUAUGAGCCAAUUACAAUUAUCCUAAAUGUUAAUAUACAGAUUAAACUAACUCCUGAAUUUUACAUGCAAUAUGACAAGGGUUAUGAUAGAUGUCUUCUAACAUUAAAGGGUGUAUAAGGAGAACUUAAUCACUGGGUGCUCGGAGAUUCAUUUUUGAGAGCAUUUUACUAAGUCUAUGAUCCAGAUAACUAUCGAGUUGGAUUAAUGAUGAAUCCAUAUAAUUUAGGUUUAGAGCAUGAUGACUUGAUUUCAUAUUACUAGGAUGACUCAAUAGAUAAGUUGUAUCUUUUUAUUUCUAUGGGUCUAAUUAGCUUAAUGAUUUUACUUAUUGGAGCAAUCAUAUUUUUGAAUAAAGAUUAUCUAGUUAGAAAGUUUAAAAAGAACAAGGUACUUGAUAAAGUCAGUGUAAAGGCUCAACUACCUCCUAAUAUUAAUCAGUAGAACUAGGUUUUCCCUUCAGAGUAAAAUGUAGUCAAAAUAGAUUCAUCAUAAGAGAACAAUAAUCCUUUGAAUGUUAGUUAAAGGUCUAGUAAUUCUUACUCUUCAAUUUCCCAAGAUAGUUUGGUGAGUAGUAGUAACAGCUACUAUUCCUCCAGUGGUAGUGGAAGUAGAAACACCUCUCUUUCUUCCAUUACAUCCUUGGAUGAAAAACCAUUAACAAAUAGACAUAGAAACAAGCAAGUAAUGGUAGGCCAAUUUGCUAUGGCAACUUUUAAGUGA